UUUUUUUUCUCUUCAUCACGGCGGUGGGUCGGAGCCGCUGUGUCCCCGGGCUGGCACGUUCCUAGCUAAAUUCUCCACAGUAUAAAAUUGGGUUCCCCUCUAUUUCACAACCCCUCCCCCCUAAAAAAAUUAUUUAGUUCCCUACAACCGUUUAUACAUUUGCGCUUAAGUCAGAUUUCUAAAUCUCCUUCAGAUAUCUUAGAAGAUGGCGGUGGUAAGCGGGAUGUCGGGGUUGGCGGUAGCCCGGCUGGAGGGCCGAGAAUUCGAGUAUCUCAUGAAGAAAAAGUCCGUGACCAUCGGACGGAACUCUUCGCAGGGCUCUGUGGACGUCAGCAUGGGACACUCUAGCUUCAUCUCCCGCCGGCACCUAGAAAUAUUUACCGCAGGAGAAGAUGGCACCGGCACUGGGGAAUUCUACCUCCGAUGCCUUGGAAAAAACGGGGUGUUUGUUGAUGGGGUGUUCCAAAGAAGAGGGGCUCCACCUUUACAGCUUCCGCGAAUGUGUUGUUUCCGCUUUCCCAGCACAAGUAUAAAAAUAACAUUCACAGCCCUGUCCAAUGACAAGAAAGAGUCAAGGAACGUGCCAGAAUCACCGAUCAAGCCUGUCCAGCCCCAGAUUUCCCCUCUGACCAUCAACAUUCCUGACAACAUUGCACACCUCAUGAGCCCGCUGCCUUCACCUACUGGAACCAUCAGUGCAGCAAAUUCUUGCCCAUCAAGUCCACGUGGGGCAGGACUGUCCAGCUACAGGACAUCUCGCAUUUUGACCUCCGAUCUUAUAGGAGACAGCUCCCAAUCAGAAAACGACAAGGAGGCCUCAGGUGAAGACAGUCCAAAGGAUGACUCCAAACCUCCAUAUUCAUAUGCACAGCUGAUAGUUCAAGCUAUUACCAUGGCUCCGGACAAACAGCUAACACUGAACGGAAUAUACACCCACAUCACCAAGAACUAUCCCUACUACAGAACAGCAGACAAAGGCUGGCAGAAUUCGAUUCGCCACAACCUGUCUCUGAACCGGUAUUUCAUCAAAGUGGCUCGGUCUCAGGAAGAGCCGGGUAAAGGCUCAUUCUGGAGGAUCGACCCCGCCUCUGAAGGCAAGCUGGUAGAACAAGCCUUCAGGAAGCGCAGGCCCAGGGGUGUGCCCUGCUUCAGGACCCCUGUGGGGCCACUGUCCUCCAGGAGUGCUCCAGCUUCUCCAAACCACACUGGGGCACUGUCAGCCCACUCUAGUGGGGUCCAGACCCCAGACAGCCUGUCCAGAGAGGGCUCCCCAGUCCCCAUGGAGCCAGAGCCAACUCCACCACCAGCCCCAACCCAAGCCACAACAAUCCAGCCCAAACUCGCCGUCAUCCAAGAGGCCCGCUUUGCACAGAACUCCCCAGGCUCGCCUCUCAGCAAUCAGCCAGUAUUGAUCGCUGUGCAGCGCCAGAUGCCUCAAACGACCAUGAAGCCUGUGACCUAUGCCAUGGCCACACCAGCCAUUGUUACGACUACAGUUAGCUCUGCCCCUGUCAUGCAGACAGUGCAUGUUGUUCACCAGAUCCCGGCUGUCACCAUGGCAACUGUUGGUGGACAGCCUGCUUCUGCAGUGAGCAGCAAACCUCAGGAGAAUGGAAGCGGAGAGCACAAGGAGAUCAAAGUAAAAGUGGAGCCGGUCCCAUCCAUUACAGCCUCCUCCAUAGGUGGAGUCAGUCGUAUCAUCCAGAGCUCUCAAGCUGCUCCUCUGACUACGGUUACCAUCGUGCAACAAGCUCCGCUCGGUCAGCACCAGCUCCCAAUAAAGGCCAUCACACAGAAUGGGACCCAUCUGGUCCCCAUUAGUACUGCCGCUAGUGCAGCUGUUGCAAACCCUCUCCAUCUCCUGGCAACUCACGCUUCGGCCUCAGCUUCCCUCCCCACCAAAAGGCAGAAUGGAGAACUGCAAGACCAGCCUGAGACAAAGAGAGUGAAAACGGAGGAAGAAGGGGAAAACGAAGCAGCAGCUGCCAACCGCAACAACGGCACCACGGACAGAGCGGGAGAAGGAGGGGUCAGUGAGCAGGUCGGCGACAAGUAGCCCGCCCGCUCCCAACGGCUCCCAUCUGCAUCCUGACCCCUGCUCUCCUGUAUGCAUUGAGCCACACAUCUGACCUGGUGUCAUUAUCUUACUCCAAGGUGCCAAAAAGCGAAGGACUACAGAAUGUGCAAACUCUUCCCGACCUCUCUUCCAUGUAUUUCCGACCACGAAACGUGAUGCAAAAACUAAAAGACCAAACCUAGAAAUGGAAUCGAGAGAGUUACUGACGACUGUAAAUGCCCAAUGUUUGAGACCCAGAUGGCGAGAGGAAGCACAGAAAGGAAAAAGGAUUUGAAAAUCCACAUUAAAGGAAAAAAAAAAAAAAGAAGAGGUUUUUGGUUUUUUGGGGGGGGGUUUUUUUUUGCUUUUUUUUUUUUUUUUUUUUUUUUUUAGCAACAAUGAGUCCAAAACUCACCCAAAGAAGACAAGGAGUCUUAUCCUGGUAGCAUUACAGACAAGCGCUUAACUGUGUGUCAGAUAGAAACAGCAAACAAGUGAUCUCACCAGUAGUGUAUUCCACAAAGGGAAGUGUGUGUAUGUACGUGUGGACAUUCCCAUCUUCGGCAGCUAGCCUCCAUGUCGACCUAGCUAACCCAGUUGUGAGUAGAUAUGCAGUAUUCUGUUGUACAAGUGUAUCUUUGGAUAUUUUGAGUCUUUCUCCAUUUCCCAAGGCACAGAUACUAUCUAGUAAUAAGAUAACUAAAGCUGUAAGUGGGGUCAUUACAACAUUAUUUUUCUUUUUGUUUGUUUUUGUUUUGUUUUUUUAAUAAUUUAUUUUUUUUUUAAUAUUGCUGUUUUUGUAUGUGGACUCUGUUCGGUGAAAUGAAUGUAGUCUCCUAUUUUUAUUUUUUUUUUUCCUUUUAUUGAAAACACUAUGGAGUGGAUGCCCUUUUUUCUGCUCAUUCAUGCAAAUUAAAUUCCUUUUAUCACUGUA